GUAGUGGGCGGAUACACAGAGGCUUGAUAGGGACCCGGUGGUUGCCGUGACAACAGAACAGCGGCCUAUGUAGAAUGGAACGUAUGUGAUGCGCUAUACGUUGCAUAUUACAGCUGCGUGCUGAUAAGCCGGAAUCCCAGGGAAAUGCUGCUGUAGAAAUAUCACAGAGACUGCAUCAUGUCCUCGGCGUCAGACAGCGCCCGAGAGGGUGAGGCUUCAAAAUGGUUGGACGCUCAUUAUGACCCUGUUGCAGGUCUGAAUACAGUCUCCUCUUGCACUGCUCUUGCUGAUUUAAAUGGAGAUGGGGAUUUUAAGAUGGUGGCUGGUGAUAUGGGCACUGGGCCAUAUAACAUGAAGCUGAAAGUGUAUAAGGGUACAAGUCUGAUGUCUGAGAAUGCCUUGCUUGAUAUGCCAACGGGUGUUGCAGCCUUCCUGAUGGAUCAGAAUGAGCCACGCACACCAGCUGUGGCUGUAGCAUCUGGACCAUUCAUAUAUGUAUACAAGAAUUUGAGACCUUACUUCAAAUUCACUCUGCCAGCACUGGAGGUCAACCCCCUUGAGAAGGAAGUGUGGGAUCAGGCUAAAGAGGACAAAAUAGACCCUGCAACAUUAAAAGAGAUGCUGGAGGGGAUCAGGGACAAAGCAGAGGUCCCUCUUUCAGUGAGGUCACUGUGGUUCCUGAUGCUUGACCUGCGGGAAAUGGAAGCCUUUGUGAACACAUAUAAACAGUUGCCUUUGAAACGGCAGACUGUGAUUACAUGCAUGGGUACUCUGAAGAAGAACAUGGCAGAUGAGGAUGCUGUGUGCUGCCUUGUGAUAGGUACAGAAAGUGGGGAAAUAUUUAUACUGGAUCCAGAAGCAUUUACUAUUCUGACCCGGGUCAGCCUUCCCAGUGUACCGACUAUCCUGGAUGUGACCGGACAGUAUGACAUUGAAUACCGUAUUACUGUUGCUUGUCGUAAUGGCAAUGUAUACAUUCUGCGCAGAGACUCCAAGCGGCCUAAGUACUGCAUUGAGCUGAGUGCGCAGGUGGUGGGAUUGGUCCGUGUACAGAAAAAUAUCAUGAUUGGAACCUCCCAAGAGACUCUUCAUGGAUACUCGCAAAAGGGGAAGCGGCUGUGGACAGUUACUCUGCCUGCGUCCAUCAUGACCAUGUCUUUGUUGGAGCAGAAGUCACGCAGCAUCCAAGCUGUGCUGGUGGGCCUAAAGAAUCUGGAAGUUCACCUGUACAGAGAUAAGAACCUGCUGAGUGUCAUAUCUACCCCAGACAUAGUGACAAGUCUUUGCUUCGGAAGAUAUGGAAGAGAGGAUGACACUUUGAUCAUGACUACCACAGGAGGGGGUCUAAUUAUUAAGAUCUUAAAGAGAACGGCACAUUUUGAAGAUAAGGAUACAGCUCCUGGCCCACCUACUGGACAAAGCAUUAAACUCAAUGUCCCCAAGAAAACCAAACUCUACGUAGACCAGACCCUUCGGGAGAGAGAGAAUGCAGUAGCCAUGCACCGUGUAUUUCAAAUGGAUUUGUAUCGCCUGCGUCUUAGUGCUGCUCGAGCGUAUGUGAAAGCCCUAGAUGCCAGCCUCACUCCAGUGUCCUCAACCAUGCAGGAACCACUCACUCUGAGUGCCGCUGUACAGGGUAUUGGUCCCCGCUUCAAACUAACUCUGACUUUACAGAAUACAUCCAUAAACAGACCUUCUAUGCAGCUUCUGAUUAGUUUCUUGUAUGAUGAACGACUUUACCAGCUCAAGCCAGCCUUCUUUAAGGUUCCAUUACUUGUCCCUGGCUUAAACUAUCCAAUAGAGACAUUUGUAGAUUGCUGUUGUGACAAAGGAAUCUCAGACAUUAUUAAGGUUUUUGUCCUGAGGGAGGGGAAGAGCACACCCCUGCUCACUGCGCACAUCAAUAUGCCAAUCAGUGAGGGUCUGGUGGCUGCGUGAUCAGAGGAGGCUGAGAACCUACAGGGAUGACCAUUUUAUUGAGAGGAAGGCAGUGAUGGAAUUCUCUAACCACAAGGAUUUAUAGAAGGACCAGCGAUUCAUUACGCAAUAGCUCAUUUUAGGAACACUUAAAGAAAUGGAACAUCUCGCUUAUUACUAAAAUGUUCUGAUGUUACUGCACCAGUACAAUAUAUAACUCUGGGGCAAGUUUAGACUCCUGUACGCAUAUAUCGUCUGUCUAGUGAACGGUACACUAGCUUAUCUAAGUGGAUGGAUCAUAGAUUUAUUUAUAUUUAUUUAAUUCAUAUUUUUGUUGUGUGUAUUUUGAAAUACACCUUUGUAAGUGCGGCACUGGCCACAGAAACUCAACCAAACACUAUUGCAGUAUGUAACCUUUUUAGAAAAUCAUUGGGGCUUGUUCUUCAGGAGCUGGAGAGCAAGUAACUUCCCAGAGUAGGACAGUAUGUUCUCUGCACACUAUAACUUGUGUGUGUGCAUCUAAUGGUGGGUACACACUGAUAGAUAUAUCUGCCGAUCAAUUGAUCUGCAGAUAUAUCUAUGAACGGAUCGGGCAGUGUGCUGUGCAUACACACUGCCCGAUAUGUCGGGGGCUGACGUCAUGAACUGGGCGGGCGUGUACACACGCCCGCCCAGUUCAGCUGUCAAUCACCGCCGGCUGCCGCAGCAUGUGUACGGGUGGUCGGCCGGCCGCACGUACAUACACAGCGGAGCGCAAAUAUAUCGGUAGAUAUAUUGGCCGUCGGCUGUGCUGCGUAGCCGAUCCGAUAUGUCUGUGAACGACGGACCCGCGAUAUAUCGGCCGUUCAAUAGAACGGCCGAUAUUAUUCGGCCAGUGUGUACAGGCCUUUAGGAACAACUUCUAGAAUGUACUUAGAAAACACGUCUCAAAAUCAAGAACAUUAAAAAAAAAAAGUUACAUGUAACAUUCUAUUUUUCUUAUGCAACUAUUCUUUUUUUAAAGAUUUAUUUUUAGAAUAUUAUAUACAUUUUCACCAAAUAAAAAUGAAAAUCUAUAGAAA